AUGACCCAGAUUAAAUCAAUCAAUAUUCAUCUCCCCUCCCCCUCCACUGUCUCGCACACACUCUUUCGCCGCCUACCCCACUCUCUACAGAAACCUUGUCCCCGGUUCCUGUGGGCAUUGCUGAGAGAAAAUGGCCGACGAUUCAUCGACUGUCUUUUCUUCUUCUUCUUCUUCUUCUUCUUCUUCUUCUUCUUCUUCACCACCCCAACCACUCAAUUUCAACCCCCGCAGUCCCUUGACCCUCAUUUGAAUUCCCCUAUCCAGCCUGUUGUCACAACAAAAUAUCAACCCUCUCUCUCUCUCUCUCUCUCACUCUAUCUAUCUAUCUAUCUAUCUAUCUAUCUAUCUAUCUAUCUAUCUAUCUAUCUCCCUUUAGUGUUUUCAGUCACAAACCUUCUAUUGGCAGAGUCAGGUAAAGAAGCUUAUCAGAUUCGAUUCUCUUCUCCUUUUGUCGAAGAGUGGAAUUGCCAAAAUAUCUAUUGA